AUGUGUGUUUGCAUGUGUAGAGGCACUGGAGGUUAUGGUCAACCUGAUGGUUCAGGUGGUGAAUACUGGGGACCUGAACAAGGCCAUAAUGCUACUGUAGCAUGGUUAAAAAUGGGUGGUCGACGUAUCGAUACUUCGGACGAUUAUGCCUCACGUGAUGGAAUUGGCACGGGAUGGGUAACUAGUGGUGUACCUCGUUCUGAAAUGUUCAUUACAUCGAAAGUAAAUCCUUCUGGUUAUGAUCAAGCAUUGGAAGAUUAUUCACCAGUUGGUUGUCCUGAUCAUGCUGUAACACUCGGUUCUACAUGGAAUCCUAUUCCAGAUCUACGUAAACAUCCCAGUCUUAUUGCAAUUGCAGAAAAGUAUAGCAAAACGCCUGCUCAGAUAGUACUUCGUUGGCAUUGGCAACAAGGGAUUGUGGUUAAUCCAUGUACUCGUGAUUCUACUCAUAUGAUGGAAAAUAUGUUCAUAUUUGAUUUUGAACUCGAUAAUCCAGAUAUGAUGAUUCUUUCUUAUUUGAAUCAUCCAAUGAGCAAGAUGUGUGAUGAUCCAAGACUAAUUUUAUAA